GCGCCGUCGCUAGAAGAGCUGCUGUCGGCCGUGGACCUGCAUGGUCCUCUCUCUCUGUUUCUCACUAUGGGCAUGCCCGUUAUGAAGGCGGAACAUGGCGUCGAUAUGGAAGCCAUUAUGAGCGGGGACGUCUCUGCCAUGGUGCCUUUAUUCGAUCUGCCAGACGUCAAGAAGUGGAUUCAACGCGUUCUACCGGUCUACUUGCGUAGGGGUUGGCUACGUGCCUGA